UCAUGGGAUCCCCCCAGCAGACAGGUCAAAAUGAGAAAAAUCCAACCACACCUUGUAAAGGGACAAACUAUAAGCAAACCACAGACUGUCAGGAAAGAAGCUGCCCCAAGUCUUGAGUCAGGGACAUUUGAGGAGAAGGACACGACAGCCCUUUAGUAAGGCUCUGGGUUUGGGUUUCUGCGUUCUUGUUUUUAAUUAAGAGAUGCCUUUACUUGUUAAAUUGUACCUUUAACAAAUUGUAUCGAACUGUAUUUUGUAACUUAAAUGAUCUUAACGCAAAACCAGAGGUCUGGGAUGGCUUAGCAGAGUGCUUGCUUUGAGGAGCAGAGUUUGAAUCCCAGAACCCACCCAAGGAAGCUGAGCAUGGCAGCAAAGGCCUGUCACCCCAGUGCCGGGGAGGCAGAGACAGAGAAUCCCUGGGACUUGCUGGCCAGCUAGCCUAGCCAAAGUUGUGAGUUCUGAGUUCAAUGAGAGGCCCUGUUUCAAAAAAAUAAAUAAGCAGAGGACAAGAGAAGAAAACACUGGACACUCAUUUUUGGCGCAAACACACACAGAGAGAGAUAGAACAAAGGUACAAAUCUCUGUGCUGGGGUGACAGGCAUGAGGCACCAUGACUGGCUAAUUAUACAGGCUUCUACAUGCAUGUGGGAAAGGUGAGCAGACAGACAGACAGACACACACACACAGAGGGGGGAGAGAAAGAGAGAUUUGUAUGCUGGAGUGACAGGCAUAAGGCAUUAUGACUGGCUAAUUAUAUAGACUUCUACAUGCAUGGGAGAGGUAAACAGACACACACACACACAGAGAGACAGGGACAGAUCUGUGUGCUGGAGCAACAGGCAUGAGGCACCAUGGCCAGAUCAUUAUACAGACUUCUACAUGUAUUGGGGGGGGGGUGAGGCGCACAGCAGCUCUCUCUGGCCAGCGGCGUGGCUGGCAGUCUGUAUCCCCUGCCUUGCCCGUCCUGCAUUCUCCAAUCCUCUGACACUUAGCAAGGACCUCUCCUAGACAGAGCACAAGAGCAGCACACAGCUAUCCAUUCCCAGUUCUUCAGCGUUCAUCUCUGAACAGCCACUGGGGUGAAGAGAACCCUGUCUCCUCUGUGCCAGGAGGAAACAGGAAGGAAGGAAGGGACACAACUGAAAUCAAUACGAGGGAGCCUCCGCAGGUUCUUGUCAUUUGUACAAUGAUAAGGCCUUCGGAGACACAGCUGAUGGGAAUCUGCCAGAGCUGGGCGUGACUCACCCCCGCACAGCCUGGCUGCUCUUUUGUGAAGCCUGGAAAAUACCUCAGCAGCUGAUUAAAAAGAGGGAUCUCUUUUCUCUUUCCACGAUGCGUUAAAGGGACCUGACCUGGCUGCCUUAGAAGACUGGACUUUUCAACCUCCUCUCAGCCUCCUCGGCUUGGCCCACCUGGAGUGAAUCUCUUGACCUGGAACCCCUCCACCCUCAAGGUAUUCAAGCUGCUCUUGUGAGGCAGCUUCCUGGGAGCCAGAGCCUCCUGGAGCCUGUCUUGCAAGGAUGCUGCUGCCUAAGAAGGUCAGGCUGCUGAUGUUCCUGGGCUCCCAGAUGAUAGUUGUAGCACUCUUCCUCCACAUAACCGGCCAUAGGAGCCUGUUCCAGAAGGAGGAGCCCAGGAGGCCUGUGCAUGUUCUGGUCCUGUCUUCCUGGCGGUCAGGAUCCUCUUUCGUGGGACAGCUUUUUGGGCAGCACCCGGAUGUCUUCUACCUGAUGGAGCCCGCCUGGCACGUGUGGAUGACUUUCACCAGCAGCACAGCCUGGAGGCUGCACAUGGCCGUACGGGACCUUCUGCGUUCCGUCUUCCUGUGUGACAUGAGUGUCUUUGAUGCCUACAUGAAGCCGGGCCCCCGGAAACAGUCCAGCCUCUUCCAGUGGGAGCAAAGCCGGGCCCUGUGCUCAUCGCCCGUCUGUGACUUCUUCCCUGGCGACCAGAUCAGCUCACCUAAGCACUGCAGGCUGCUCUGUGGUCAGCAGCCCUUCGAUAUGGUGGAGAAGGCCUGCAGCUCCCACAGCCAUGUGGUACUCAAGGAGGUGCGUCUCUUCAACCUGCAGGCCCUCUACCCGCUGCUCACAGACCCUUCCCUCAACCUGCACAUUGUGCACCUGGUCCGAGACCCUCGGGCUGUAUUCCGAUCCCGAGAACACACCACAGCAGAACUCAUGACUGACAGUCAUAUUGUGUUGGGGGAGCAUUUGAAAAUGAUCAAGGAGGAAGACCAGCCCUACUAUGCCAUGGAGAUCAUCUGCAAAAGCCAGGUGGACAUAGUCAAGGCCAUCCAAACCCUGCCUGAAGCUCUGCAACAACGCUUCCUGCUCCUGAGGUAUGAGGACCUGGUUCGGGCACCCCUGGCCCAGACUUCCAGAAUAUACAAAUUUGUGGGGUUGAAAUUUUUGCCCCAUCUCCAAACCUGGGUUCACAACGUCACCCGUGGCAAGGGCAUGGGUCAGCACGCCUUCCACACCAACGCCAGGGAUGCCCUCAAUGUCUCCCAGGCAUGGCGUUGGUCCUUACCUUAUAAAAAGGUGUCUCAGCUUCAAGAUGUCUGUGGUGAAGCUAUGGAUCUGCUGGGAUACCUCCAGGUUCUAUCGGAACGGGAGCAGGGCAACCUGUCGCUGGAUCUGAUGUCUUCCUCCCACACUUUGGGGUAGGUCUUCCGAGAAGGCUGAGGAGGCCCAUCUGCCCCAGCCGGUUCCAGCCUCACCUCCAUUAAAUGAUGGGAAGACUUAAAGCAUCUCUAGAUGAGCAAACCGAGUGCCCAUUCCUCCACAGCCCCAAGCAGCGGAGUGUCUUUUUGUAUCUAUACCCAGGUCUACACUGCAGCUGGGCCUAAACACCAAGAAGCAUUCUCUACCUUGAAAAGACUUUGAAAAGGGAAUCUUUGAGUCUACCAGCUUUCUCCUUUCCUUGGCCUUCCUGCCUGUGCAUACCUCAGAGACCAUGGCCUGGAGGCCUGUGAGAGUCACCACGCAGUAUCUGUGGAGCAAGUCCAUAAACCUCCCCAUAUCAGAAACAGAAAGCAAAGUCCCCACACAACAGGGCCAGAGUGCAAGGCCAAGCUGUGGCUGGUCUGGACGGCACCCCCUUCGGUGUUUCCCUGACUCUGACCUCCAGUAAUACAAAAACUAUAACCUCAGCUUCCGUUUUGGAUUCCCGAGUAUGUCUUUUAAGUGCCAGUAGGCAAUGCUUGUUCUCAUGGGGUCCUAACAAUGAACAUAAUCACCUUUGUAGAGGUUUUUGUUUUCUUUUGCUAUUAUCUAACAUGUAUAUAAAAAUCACUACUACUUUUGGAGUCA